GUUCCAGUCAACAACCUAGCUGCUGCACUCCAGCUGCAACUUCUAAACUAAGCCUGGAGGAAGCCCUACAUUGAGCACAUUGAAGGAAUACCAUCUUGAGGUUGCCACAACGGCCAAGCUAUCUUAGUCCAGGAAUGGCCAUAGGUCUCUUAUUAACUGACUUGCUACAGAGACCUGCUAAAGGGCAGGAAACUGCAAGAAGGAAGUAGCAGGAGGGAAUGACUCGUGGUUGUCUGUAUACUAAUGCACAGAGUAUGGGAAACAAGCAAGAUGAAUUGGAGCUGUUAAUACAGGAUGGCAAAUAUGACCUCACGGGCAUUACUGAAACCUGAUGGGAUGAGACUCAUGACAGGAAUGUGUCAUAGACUUAUAGGGGGGGUCUUUCUGGUGGGCACCAGUGUCUACUCAGAUAACUAGUUUCCUGGGAUCUCUUAUAAGUUCAUAGUGUAGUUAUGCCAAUUAAUGCAUAUAAGGGAGUUUCAUGUAUUCUAGUAGCAGACCUCCAUUUUUGGGGCCCUGAAGCUUGAGCGGUCAUGGGGGCCCCUUCACAACCAGCAGCGAGGUCUGGGUAAGCCCUGCUUUCUUCUUCAAUGGGGUUGUUCCACAACAGAUCACCACACCUUUACAACAUCUGUGCUUGUUGUUGUUUAGUCGUUUAGUCAUGUCCAACUCUUUGUGACCCCAUGGACCAGAGCACGCCAGGCACUUCUGUCUUCCGCUGCCUCCCGCAGUUUGGUCAGACUCAUGUUUGUAGCUUCGAGAACACUGUCCAACCAUCUCGUCCUCUGUCGUCCCCUUCUCCUUGUGCCCUCCAUCUUUCCCAACAUCAGGGUCUUUUCUAGCAUCUGUGCUACUGACUCUCAAACUUUGGGAUUGUAAAAAUAUAUGCAACAAAAAAUUGAUCCAUUUGAAUCAUGCAAGUCAAAUUGAGUCUACUAGACCCCCCAAAAUUAAGCAACGUGGACCCCUUCAGGACUAGGGACCCUGAAGCUUAAGAUUAAUUAGUUCCAUAGUAGAUCCACCCCUGGUGUAUCCUAACUAUAUCAAAGUCCAGAGAUUUCAUAGCAAUAAUAUGUUCUACAGGAAAUGUUUCUAUGCAGGUGCUCUGGGAAAACAAUAUUUUCAUACAUAGCAUGUACCUCAAUAAACAGGGACGCGGUUGGCGCUGUGGUCUAAACCACUGAGCCUCUUGGGCUUGCUGAUCAGAAGGUCGGCGGUUCAAAUCCCUGCGACGGGGUGAGCUCCCGUUGCUUAGUCCCAGCUCCUGCCCACCUAGUUCGAAAGCAUGUCAAAGUGCAAGUAGAUAAAUAGGUACUGCUCUGGCGGGAAGGUAAACGGCGUUUCCGUGCGCUGCUCAGGUUUCACCAGAAGCUGCUUAGUCAUGUUGGCCAAAUGACCUGGAAGCUGUCUGCAGACAAAUGCUAGCUCCGUUGGCCUAUAGAGCGAGAUGAGCACCGCAACCCCAGAGUCGUCUGCAACUGGACCUAAUGGUCGGGGUACCUUUACCUUUACCUUACUCAGAUCUAGAAAUAUUUUCUGAAUUUCUUUUUAACCAUAACAGUUUCACCUACUACCUUUUAUCAACUCUACACACACACACACACACACACACACACACAGAAAGAGAGAGAGGUGUCAUUCCGCUUUAUUAGUUCUGAAAUGCCAAAUCACUGCAUUUUUAUUGUCUGGCAUUUGGAGGACACAACAGAAGCAGUACAAAAACAACAACUCUUGAAUAAUUGUGAUAUGAAAUAUUAUAGGAUUUCAGCCACAAGCUAUAGGACAGGCACAGAUGGGAGGGGAAGCAAUAUGUGCAUCCCCAAAACCUUUGCAGGCAUUAAAAUCAGGGUUAUGCAUGACCACCCUGGUACCAUCAUGAGCUCAGAUGAUCACGAGCAACUUCUUCAUUUGAUAUUGUGAGACAAACAUGUUGGUUCAAUAGUUUUCUCUCUUGCCUUUUUAGAAUUCACUUCUUGAAAUGUAGUUUUGUCCAAACUAGGUUAGGUAUAGAUAAUCAGGCAAAAAUAUUCUUCUUAAGCAACUGGGAAAGGCUUUCAAGCAUUUGUAGCGCACCUUCUGUAGAAGCAUAAUUGAAAACGGCAAGGGAAAAAAAGCCCCUGAAAUCACAUGUCUGAGGGUGGGUGACUAAGCGUAACUUUCUUCCUCUUAAGUAAAAAUGAUGCAAUACCGUCUUGUAUCCUUCUAUGUGACCUGCUCUCGAAAUGGUUUACAGACAUAGAAACAUGUUCCUGCUUGUUAUGAUUCUCUCCGUUUGUGGAUUUACUGUGGCAGAAGAAAGACACCUGCUUUGCAGUUCAGACGACGUAGACAUUUUAUAUUCCAACUGCAGUAAGUAAAGUAUCAGAUGGCUCUAAUUUCCAAUAGCGUUUGUGAAAUAAUUAGGAUCACUUCCCCCUUUCCUCUGAUUAAAGCUCCAGGUGUUUUCAUUAGGAUUGCACACGUUAAUUUCUGUCUCCAAUUUCCAUUUCUUUAAGUAAGACAGAAAAAAAGAGUGUGUUGCAAAUAAUGCUGGAGAACAACAUGAAUAAUUGCUGGCUUUUAUAGUUUUCAAGGGAGAUCAGCCAUUGCUUCUCGGUCCUAAUAUACUUCGGUGCAAUCAGAGAUAUUUCACACUCGGCACAAACUGAGGGCCAAAUUCAGUUGUUUUCAUGCAUCUCACGUCUCUAAACAUUUGCAAAUAGCAGUUCUGUGGGGGUGGGGGUAGGGGUAGGGGUGUGAUUUGAAUGUGACCAGGCCAGGAUAUGUGCAUAACUCUUUCUACCUGCCUCCAUGUCCCCCCAACAGAAGUCUCACACACACUGUUAUUUGCUAUAUUACAGAAAAAUAUAUGUGUGCAUACUAAUGUGACAAGUAGCAGUUUAAGGAAAGCAAUUUUCACAGGGGAAAGUGUGUAUGUGUAUAAAGGUUUACACCCCUCACCCUGCAUGUCAGUGCUGAUCUGGGUCAGCCUCCCCCGAGGUGGCUGCCAUUUCUAAAACUUCACACAGAUCAGAGAUGCCGGUGCCUCGCCCAGUUUGUUUGUCCCUCUGUGAGCCUGUAGACAGCUUCCUCAUUCCUCAUUCACCAUCUUAACACUCUGUAACAUAUUAUCAUUGGGCCUCUGCCAAGCUCUCUCCCGGAAACUUCUUCCUCUUCUUCUUGCUUCUCUUUAUUACUUACUUUCCGUCCGCAGAAGAGUGCUGUGCAAUUCAAAAGAUUGCUCAUUAUUUUAUGACUUUCACUUGGCCUUGAUGAAGAUAUGCUACUGCUAUUGUGUGUCCAGGCGGAGAGCCCCAGCCCAGAGAGACGACCAGAAAGAAUAAUGACUCGUGACAAAGUGUUAUGGAAUAAAAAUUGGCCACAACUUUAUUAAACCUUUCAGAUGUAGGAAGACCUUGCCUUAGGCAUUGGGCGUGUAUCUCUCCCAGCCCCACCAGCCGGGGGAACUGGGGCUCCUCAUGGUGAAUGGGAUAUGGGAGGGUGCACAGCAAGAUGCUUGUGUAUGCUGGCAGCCCACCCUAUAUCCCCGCAACGCAGGGGAGUUCACUGACAACUUUUCAGUGUAUGGCCAGUGACUCCUAUAUACAAACCCCUUUAAGAGGGGACCUUGGAAUUGCUGCGCUGGGGGGGAGGUUGUGAAUCAUCACUUCAUGCCCCCCCAUUAAGGGAAGAUAGACUAAAGGAUUCCGUGGUUGCUGCCGGCUCCGCCUCCUAUUUAAGCAACUGGCCCCACCUCCCUGCGGUGCUGAUUGGCUGAGGUUAGGCGGGAACCUCCAAUGACUAGCACAGGGAGGGAGGCCAGCCCAAACAGCUAUUGGGUCCCACGUGACCAAGGUGCUGUGCGCGGUCCCGCAAAGGGCACCCACAAAGGAAGGUGUGAGCGCUCAUUGUUUAGAAAGUGCAGGCGGUUAGCUAAAGGAGUAUUUAAAAAUAUUUAUGGGUGUUAUGUACUGAGUUGAAUAGGAUCCAAACUGCAGCAGUCUGAUUGGUCCUAGAACAAUAGGAUCCAAAAGGCAGCAGUCUGAUUGGUCCUAGAACAAUAGGAUUCAGAAUGCAGCAGUCUGAUUGGUCCUAGAACAAUGCAGCAGUAUGAUUGGUUGGCAGGAACCACCCAAUCCUGCUCCAGAUAGAAGUGAAUCCACAACCUGAUUGGCUUACAGUAGAAUUCCAGAAUUAGCCAAUCAUGUGCAGCCCAUUGUGUAAAUAAUGUAUAUAAAGCAGAUACUGUGAGGGGACAUUCAUUCAUUCCUCCUCACCACUAUGAGCUGAAUAAAGAGCAUGAAAUCACUUUGCGACUCUGAGUAUAUUUCACUGGCGACGAAGGUGGGAUCCCGCUGAGCUGACUGCCACACACAGCACCGCAGCACCGCCAACUGCCGCACCGCUGCCUCGCACCGUGUAUCCAGGCUUCAGCUCCGGGACACAAGGAACUCAGAAUGGCACCCGACAGCAGCUUCUCGCCAUUCAACCCAGCAUCUGGAGACUGGGAAGCGUACGCCUCCCGUUUCACCUUCCUCCUAGAAGCCAAAGGGGUCACCGACGAAGAAGACGCCAAGAAGAGGGCGAUAUUCUUCAGCGUCUGCGGAGAGGAGACGUUUGAAAUCGCCCGGGCUCUCCUUGCGCCUGAAGACGUCGCUACUGUUCCAUACAAAACAAUAAUGGAACAGCUGAAGGGGCACUUUUCGCCGCAGCCCUCAGUGGUGGCUCGUCGAAAUGCCUUCUACGCAAAGCGGCAAGCCCCUGGGGAAACCAUAACUGGGUUUGUGACCUCUCUCCGCCAAGCCGCCCGGUUCUGCAACUUCUCAGAGCUGGAGAACAUGCUUCGUGACCGCCUCGUCGGUGGCCUGAAGGAUGAGAAGCUGCAACGACGCCUCUACGCUAAGAAGGACCUAACGUUCCAGGUCGCUCUGGAGGAGGCCCUGGCAACAGAAGCUGCCGAGAGGUCGACCCAAGAGGCACGGCCGAGCCUGCCAUCCCAACCGAGGGUCCACCACGAAGACCUCACCGACGACUCAGGAUCCGACAGGGAGGAGGUGCACCGAGUACAGCAGCGCACUCAAGCAGCGCACAGACCACAGCUGCCUCGACGAGAAGGAGGGAACUGCGCAAGCUGCGGGGAGAGUCACGAGAGGAGGACCUGCCGUUUCCGCAACGCAGAGUGCAGGCAGUGCAGGAAAUCGGGACACAUCGCCCGGGUGUGUCGGGCUCGGCCCACCCGACACCAGGCAUCAGAUGACCAAUCCAAGAGCCCCAGGUCCCGGGGCCCAACGCACCAAGGCAACUCGACGGAGCUCACGGACUUCCAGGUAUACCAGUUGCCCCACCCCAACGUAGAGAAAAUUUAUGUAGAGGUACAGAUAGAGGGGGCCCCAUGCCGCAUGGAGCUUGACACGGGUUCAACUCUAUCCAUAAUCUCGGCAAGGACCUUAAGGAAACUGUGUCCGACUGGGGGUCCCAAACUCAGGCCGGCCCCAUUCACCCUCCGGGACUUCCAGAAACGUAAGGUCCCCACAAUGGGGGUGGGGACCUUCAGGGUGCAAUACCGAGGGCGGACGCGGCAACUGGACUUGCUUGUGGUCAAGGGCCCCUACAUUAGCUUACUGGGAUUGGCAUGGUUUGGACCACUGGGGCUAGCUGUCACCGGGGUGAACCACACUAGCUUACAAGUGGACGUGGACGCCAUAUGCAAGGAAUUUCCAGGGGUUUUCGAUGGGAAAUUGGGACAGUAUACGGGCCCCCAUUGCGCUACAGCUUGACCCCGCAGUACGACCGGUCAGGCUCAAGGCCCGCCGGGUCCCGUUCGCCUUGAAACCCCGUAUAGACGAGGAAUUGGACCGACUCGUGGAGCAAGGAGUGCUGGAGCCGGUGCCUAAUGCCCCUGGGAAACCCCAAUCGUCACACCCGUCAAGCCUAAUGGUUCGGUCCGCAUCUGCGCAGACUACAAAUGUACCAUAAACAAGGCCCUCACGGCCCACGCAUACCCAGUGCCAGUGGUCAGCCAUGUCCUAGCCACCCUGGCUGGGUCGAAAAUUUUGGCAAGCUGGACUUGGCCCAAGCAUAUCAACAGCUGCCAGUAGAUGAGGCCACAGCAGAGGCACAGACGAUUGUGACGCACAGAGGAGCGUUCAGGGUAAAGCGGCUGCAAUUCGGUGUCAGCGUGGCACCAGGCAUAUUCCAGAAUCUAAUGGACUCUCUCCUUAAAGGGAUUCCUGGCGUCACCCCCUUCUUCGAUGAUGUGUUGAUUGCCGGGCCCACACCAGAGGAGUUUGAGGACCGCCUCCGCACCGUUCUGCACCGUUUCCAGACGGCGGGUCUCAAGGUGAAGCGGGAAAAAUGUCUACUAGGAGUGCCUCAGGUGGACUUUCUGGGAUUUAUGGUGGACGCAGAAGGGGUCCACCCGACUGGGGACAAGGUACGGGCCAUUUGUGAUGCCCCAGCGCCCAAGAGCAAGACUGAACUUCAGGCCUUCUUGGGACUAUUGAACUUUUACCAUUCCUUCCUUCCCCACAAGGCGGCGGUAGCGGAGCCCCUACACAGACUCCUGGACAAGCGGGCCCCUUGGGUGUGGGGCCAGCGCCAGGAGGCCGCAUUCCAGGCAGUCAAGGACUUGCUUGUCUCAAACUCGGUCUUGGCACACUUCGACGAGAGGCUGCCGGUGGUGCUAGCAUGCGACGCCUCACCCUAUGGCAUUGGAGCUGUCCUGGGGCACCAACUCCCGGAUGGAAGAGAGGUACCGGUGGCGUACUUUUCCCAGACACUCAACACAACCGAGCGGAACUACUCGCAAAUCGACAAGGAGGGUCUGGCAAUCGUAAAGGGAGUAAAAAUUCCAUGAUUUCUUGUACGGGCGGCCCUUCACCGUGGUGACUGACCACAAGCCGUUGCUUGGCUUGUUUGCCCCGAAAAGCAGACCCCCCAAGUGCUGUCUCCUCGCGUCCUCAGGUGGUCAAUUUUCCUUGCCAGCUACCAGUAUGCACUGAUUCACCGACCUGGGAAGGCGAUGGGCCAUGCGGACGCCCUCAGCAGGCUACCACUACCGGAAACAGGCCCUGACCCAGCACCUGCACAAGAGGUUAUGAGCCUGGAGCUGCUUCCCGACCGCCCCAUUCAGGCACAAGAAGUUGCACACCAUUCCAAGAAAGAUAGGGUCAUCUCCCGGGUCCUGGACUGGGUGUGGAGGGGAUGGCCCAGCAGCAGCCCCGGGCCAGAAUUCGCCGGCUACACAACCCGCAAACAUGAACUGUCGGCCCACAAGGGGUGCCUGUUAUGGGGAAGCAGAGUCGUUGUUCCCCAGCCCCUCCGCAAAAGGGUCCUCACAGCCCUACACGAGACACAUCCAGGGGUAGUAAGAAUGAAGGCCCUUGCCAGGAGUUAUGUGUGGUGGCCGGGGAUCGAUGGAGAGAUAGAGGCCUGGGUCAAACACUGCCAGGCCUGCCAAGAAUCCCGCCCAGAUCCCCCAAGGGCCCCAGUCCAGUCCUGGGAGUCCGCCCGAGCACCAUGGUCACGCCUGCAUGUGGAUUUCGCUGGCCCCUUUCAGGGGAAAACAUUCUUCAUAGUGGUGGACUCCUACACCAAAUGGCUGGAAGUCGCACUGGUACCGUCCACUUCCACGUCCGCAGCCAUCCGGGUACUACGCAGGCUGUUUGCAACCCACGGGCUCCCUGACACUCUCGUCUCAGACAACGGGACUGCAUUUACGUCAGGAGAAUUCCAAACCUUCACAGCGCAGAACGCCAUCCGGCACAUCCGUUCGGCGCCGUUCCACCCUGCCACCAAUGGCCAAGCAGAACGCAUGGUGCGGACCACCAAGGACACCCUUCGCCGCAUGACGCAAGGGGACUGGGAGUACCGCCUUGCCACAUUCCUUCUAGCACAGCACAGCACCCCCAGCUCAACGACUGGCCGGAGCCCCGCUGAACUACUAAUGGGUCGGCGCCUUGCAAUCAGAUUGGACCGCCUUCACCCCGAUAGAGCUCAGGAUGAGGUAGUGGUGGGGAAGGCAGGAACCCCCGGACCUUUGAGGCCCAGGACCCAGUGUACGCAAAGAAUUUUGGGGCAGGCCCAGCAUGGGUACCCGCCACAGUCACCAGGGUCACUGGCCCCGUGUCGUACGAGGUGCUAACAGAUGGGGGCAAUGCUGGCGCCGCCACUGCGACCAGAUACGGCGACGAUUCCCGGGAGAAAACCAGGAGGAGGACAGGUCAGAGGAGUCCCAAGGGAACAGCGGGGCAGUGAGGCCCAUAGAGCAGGAGGGGCCAGCAGGAGAGGCAGAAUCAGUAAAUACAGAGAGGACCCGUGAGGCCGAAAGGACACCGGAACCAGAACCACGACUGAGCGAGCCGGUUGCACCAGACCAAACAGCCCCAUCACAGCCAGCAUCCUUGGAACACGAGCCAGAACCUGGAGCCCGGACCAGGGAACACCCCAGGCCACAACGCACACGUAGGCCGCCGGCAUACCUUGAGGACUAUGAAUGCGACCUCCCGGGCAGGACUGGAACUUAGAGGGGAGGGGUGUUAUGUACUGAGUUGAAUAGGAUCCAAACUGCAGCAGUCUGAUUGGUCCUAGAACAAUAGGAUCCAAAAGGCAGCAGUCUGAUUGGUCCUAGAACAAUAGGAUUCAGAAUGCAGCAGUCUGAUUGGUCCUAGAACAAUGCAGCAGUAUGAUUGGUUGGCAGGAACCACCCAAUCCUGCUCCAGAUAGAAGUGAAUCCACAACCUGAUUGGCUUACAGUAGAAUUCCAGAAUUAGCCAAUCAUGUGCAGCCCAUUGUGUAAAUAAUGUAUAUAAAGCAGAUACUGUGAGGGGACAUUCAUUCAUUCCUCCUCACCACUAUGAGCUGAAUAAAGAGCAUGAAAUCACUUUGCGACUCUGAGUAUAUUUCAAUGUGGAUAACCAUAAAUGUGUGGCUUUACUGUAUUUCCAAGUGCAUCACCACAGAUCAAUGGAUAAAGUAGCACAAUGCAACGUGGGUGUCUGUAGUACUGUACUCCAGAGUGAUCAGGAUGAAAAGCCAGAGAGAUAGAGCAAUGCUUGAUUUCUGUUUGAAUCUAAGGCUGCUGCGAUGGGAAAAGCAAGACCCUUUUGGAGUGUUUUUUUUUUAAUUUUAAACAAAACUGAUUCCUUAUUUAUUUUAUAAGCUUUUUAGAUUUUGAAUAUACAGCAGACAUUUCCCAAAAAAAACCCCAAACAAAAACUCUUCCCUCAGGGAAAACACUGUACAGGCUUCCUCUUAUCACAUGAUUUUGGAAAACUUUAUGUGCUUUGAUUUGACCGUUUUGGAGUGUUAAUGCUGCGAACCCCUCCAUCAUAGUCUCAGUUGUAUCUCUCUCUCUCUCUCUCUCUCUCUCUCUCUCUCUCUCUCUCUCUGCUGUCCUUCAUUCCAAAGGAAUCUCACACCUCUCAGAGAUUGGGGUGACGUGCAACAAUAUUAACUUCAAAGGUGAAGUGUGUUGCAUUUUGCAUUUCAGCAGAGGCUCUAAUAAGGAAGUUCAAAGCUUCGUGCCAUUUUGUAAUGAGGUUUGCAACAUUAUUAAACUUUCUUUGUUACGCAGGUAGAGGCCUUCCAACAAAAGACUUCUUCUUUACAGUAGAGCCGUGUGCACUAAAGGGUAAUAGAAAAUGGCGGGGAACUCUUUUCUGGAUUCCAAGUAAGAUAUAUUCCUAUUUCAAGUAACACCAAGCUCAUUGCUUUACAUUACUACGAGAUGCACUUCAACCUGAAAGUUUUAUUCACUGCUGGGCUGUAUUAACUGGUGGCUUUGUGCUUAUGGGAGGUUUUUCCAGGGAGGUGGGGUGGGGAUCUGAUUGCCAUAUCCCAUACUGCUUGGGAGGGGUGUGUCUCCCGAUUUCCAGAAACACUUUUUUGGGAAGGGGUGCUAAGGUGAGGCAGGGUGUAUUAGUGAAAAUCACGUGCCCUGCCUUGCACUAGUGAUACAACCUAUUCCAUAGAACUCCAGAAGGGAUGCUGUUAAAACUUGGACAGAAGAAGAAGUUUAUCACAGCUGCUCAAGGACAGAAAGCAGAUGUUGAAAAUCAACUCACAAAUGAAGCCAUUUUGUCCUUAGGCUUUUAGAGAAGAUUUUAUCAUCAUGUGGAGGUGGGAAGGAGAGACAUUUGGCCUGAGCCAAUCCCACUUCCAUUGGUUUGUCCAUACAUUUCACAUAAUUUACCCUGGAUUUAAAUGCAUUCUUAUUUUGUUUGUUCGUUUAGAGGUUCUCUGUAAUACUGCAAGCAAAGCAACCUUUUGUUGUUUUCUGGACAUUUUAUAUUUGCUAAUGCUUCUGAGAGCCAGGUAUCUUUAGUGAAUUUUCAAUCCUGCGUUUGCUACUGAAAAGGGAAUAUGGGAAACAAUUACACAAUGGGAGAAUGAAGCUUUUAUCUGUUCCAAGCUGUCUGUGUGAAGAGGUGGAAGUAUGAGGAUAAUAGUCUACAAUUCAUGUCUCAUUCAUAUAGAUUAUUACACAAAAUACAUUGUAAAAAUUCCUUUGGAUUUCAAUGAGCUCAGAAAGUGUUCUAGAUCACAAGUGUAUUUUUGCCUUCCCUGAGAAAGCCAUUGAAUGUUGUCAAGAUUGUAAUUGAAAUUGUUGCCAUGUAACAUGCUUUAUUGUGUUAAUUUUUAUAGGGGCUGAUUUAACCAUUUUGAGAGCACACGUAAACAUAUGGUCUAAAGGGUUUGAAUCCGUAAAAUGGAAAGGUACCCUUUGCGAAGGUGUGGAUGAUGGCUAUACAUUUUGUGGAGCUCUGAAGGGAGGUAAGAGUACAUUAUGGCACCUUUAGCUGACAUAUAGGAUCUGCAUUUGCUCUUAGCUUGAAAUCCUGCACAGGCUUUUCUAAGUCUCCUGUUUAUUUAUUUGCUAUAUGUAUUUGGACAGUUGUGUGUCCAAAAACUGGGACACAUGCAGAACACAUGCAAAAUCUUACAGGGACAAGAGUAGAUCUUACAUGGGGCCAUCACUUUUUUCCCUCCAUCACACUUUUCUAAAUCUAGCCGGAUCACAGCAGAACAACAGUUGUGACUUUUAAGUCUUUGCUACUAGGCUAAACUAAUGAUAUAGUCAGUGGUAAAGUGGGGAAAGGGAGCAUCUGCUUUGCCCACAGAAGGGCCCAUGUUCAAUUCCUGGCAUCUCCAGGUAUGGCUGGGAGGUUCUCCUGUCUGAAACCCUGGAGAGCUACAGUCAGUGAGUGUAAGCAGUAGUGAGCUAGAGGGGUCAAUGUUUUGAUUCAGUGUAAGGCAGCCUCUCCCUCAUACAGGUAAGCCACCUUCAACUGAUUCUCAUCCCAGCCUUACUCUUCCAUCAAUGACUUCCAUAGGGCUAAACCAGUAUUGCACUAAUUGCUAUGUACAAGGGUAGUUCUAUGUUAGCAAACAUGCACCCACAGCACUGUGCAGGGCACAUUUUCAGUUCAUGUGGGAUGCUAUUAAUACCAUAGCAACUGGCCUCUGGAAAGUUGAGGCGUGGCCCCUCUCACUACUGGCUAUUUUUGCUUUUUGAAAGGAAACUCUGGGACUUGGGAGACUUAGGGAAGUUAAAUAGAUUACCCCCCAACAUAAAAGGGUAAAACUGAAGAUGUGUCAGGAGACAGGAUUCUUUCAAGAAAUAGUAAAUUUAUAUAUUAAAUUCAGUGGAUGUUACAGGUUUCUAAACAAGAUGGAAAAUGUGCAGCUUAUAUUUACUUCAGUUCCUUAAACCAAAUCGUAGAGGUGUUACAGUUUAGGCCUUAAAACUUAGGUUCUGAAACAAGGUGGUACUUUCUGUCAGUUUUCCAACAUUCUAUAAAUCUCACUUCUGAGGCUCCUCUAUUAGAUGCUACACCUCUACAUUUGUUCUAGAAAUCCCACCCACUGAAGAAAUGUGUAAACUUCUUAAGAUGCAGAUACAGUAUUUGUAUAAUUGUAAUUUUUUUCAGGUUGUAAACCACAUUGUGUAUAUAGAAAGGCAGUAUACAAAUGAAAAGUGAAAUGAAAGAAUAAUGGCAUAAUGUUGUUUUUGUCAUGCUCAAGUUCUUGAUGAUUGUUCUUCUGCAGAGACAAUAAACACAACUGUGAGAAUCAGUGGUAAUGAGCCAACAUAUGAAGAGGUACUUUAUGAAUCAAAACUUGAAAAUACAAAAGUAUUAUGUAUUAUUAUUAUUAUUACUAAUUAAAUUUCUAUACUAUCCUUUAUCUGAGGAUCACCGGGCGGUUUACAAUAUAAAAAUAUAAGAAUAAAUAGCAUAGUAACAAACAAAACAAUAUUGCUCCCCAAGUUCAAAAGGCCAUCGAUUUGACUCAUUAGAGUCAAAGGUCCGGGAGAAAAUAUGUAAUGAAGGCAUCAGGAGAGCCUCUCUCUUGAAUGGAGUGGCUAACUUGGUGUUAUGUAUAGGGUGUGUCAUUUUAUGGGGUGAAACUUAAUUUUUUGCAAAUUUCUUCUGUGAGGGGGUCUUAAAAAUAUGUUUUUGGGUGUGAGGAAUUUAAUUCUGCUAUUAUUUUUGUGAUUAGACAACAUUUAGCAGUGCUCAUGGUUUGUUCCUCUCCAGAUAAACCACAAAUGGAAACCAAGCUUUGUUCUUAGCUUACAACUUGUGUUUUGUUUAAGAUCGGGGUCACACAUAACUCCAUGGUUUAUUCCCAAGGGAGGAGGGAAGUGAGUACAAUUAAUCAGCAUGCACCAGCACAAUGGUUUAUUCACAGUAAACCAUAGUUUAUUUUAGACUAUGUCUUGCCAUGACUUGCAAACAGAUCACAGCAUGCAGUAUGGCAUGCACCAACUUCUUGAAUAGAUUUCUGCUUCAGAUUACAGGAACAACUGUUGGCUUGCUGGCGAGCCCAUCCUUUUGAGGAUGGAGGCUGCUUUCCAUUGACAUGAAUGAACAGUUUGCUUGCCUGGGAGUGUCACAUGUGCAGAUGAAUACACACAGGGCUUGGUUUAACUUGCCAAGGACUAUAUUGUGUGCAACCACUUUUAUGAUUACUCUGAUAUGUCAAUACUGUGUUACCUAACAUUCUGGGAAAUUUUUCAAAAAGACAGAAACCAGCAAGUACCAUAUUUUUCGCUCUAUAAGAUGAACCAGACCACAAGACGCACCUAGUUUUUGGAGGAGGAAAACAAGAAAAAAAAAUAUUCUGAAUCUCAGAAGCCAGAACAGCAAGAGGGAUCGCUGCACAGUGAAAGCAGCAAUCCCUCUUGCUGUUCUGGCUUCCGUGAUAGCUGCGCAGCCUGCAUUCGCUCCAUAAGACGCACACACAUUUCCCCUUACUUUUUAGGAGAGAAAAAGUGAGUCUUAUAGAACAAAAAAUACGGUAAUAAUACAAAUGCUUGUUGACACAUUGGACAACUGACUCACUAUUCCGGAAUCCCCUGAAAUAUCAACUUGAGGCAACCUCAGCAGAUAGUUCUAAACUAGCCUUCAGCUCUAAUGAAAUCGCUGGGACUUAAGAAUGCACAAUAUAAGCACCUUUCACAAUUACAAAUUAACUCAUUUUCUUUCUUUUAGGGAGAAUACACAGUUGUUGUAAAAGCAUUCGCUGGUCAUCACAAGGAGCUGAUAGCUUGCCUGAAUUACACAAUCAUCAUUAAACAGCCACUUUCAAACUAAAGAAGUUCUUCUCAACCAUUUCACAGCACAAGAGCUAUUUUUCAGAGAGCAGUGGAAUGAAAUCUAGUCACAGAAAUAAUCAGCUGAAAGGUUCUGGUUUUCCAGGACUGUUGUCUGAAAAAUUAGAAGAUGAAAGCAAAUGUUCAUUUCUAUCACUGCUAUUGCUAAAGGCUGGUUCUGUGUGUGUGACAUUUACACAUAUGCACACACACCAUAUGAGUACACACAUCUGUGUACUCCUUGAGCAGCAACUGGUUGCUUUCAUAAUUUACUGAACAUUUUUGGUAUGUGAUUAAAAGUACUGCCGUGACUGCCUUUUCCUUCUUGUUAUCUUCCCCAUAUCACUCUCUGCUAAUUCACCAACAGCUUGUAUAAAAGCAAGUACAAAUGCAAGAGGCCACAGGAGUAAGCUUUGGGCUUAGCACACCCAUUUUGCUUUUCGCUGCCCAUAGAACUGCAACGUAAGCCAAGGUGCAUGUACAAUGUCCACGUGACAUGGUCAGGUGAUCUGUGUGUCAUACUGCAUUUUGAUUGGAUCGUCUAUUUUAACUGCUUUGAGACUCUACUGACAGGCUGCACACCCAAAAGAAGCAGCUUAGGAACCGUUGAAAAUAUCACAGGCUUCCCUAGGGUCAUGAUGCCUCUUGCACAUCCUGCAAAGCUUAUGAUGUCACUUGCUGAAUUUCAGAUGCCGGCCAUUCUGAGCAAUUCAGAUUUUGUGGCCAAAGCUGAAUGAGAAAUCCUUAACAAAGGGUCCAUUGCAGAGAACAAUACAUUUGUGUUUGAUGAAUGGCAGCAACAAAGCACGUUGCGGUAAGGGAGUGUAUAGAAAAUGGCGACAUCACACCCUGUUCCACUUACCGCUUUCCAUGAAGAUGAGAAAGCCAAGGCUGGUGCUUAAUUUCACUUUUCAAUGCUUCCUUUGUCACACUUCAGAAGAAACGGAACAAAAGAGCAUUGUCUCAAUGAACAAGGAAUUAUUGAUGUUCCCUGUGCAUCAUCUAGCAUCACAGUGUCUGCUGCAACUGUGGGUAUUCCAUUUUUCACAUUAAUAUGUCACAGCCAGGUGGUUUCUAGUGAAAGAACUCUUAAGGAAUGCCGGAGUUCCUUUGAGGAGACAACAAAGAGGCUUGUGACAAUGAACAGAUUUAUUGUGGCAUAAGCUUUUGUGGACGAGAGCCCAUUUCAUCAGAUGCCUGAAGUAUUAUCCUCAGCUGACAGAUGUACUCAUAAACACACGCAAGCACAGAGCAAACAAAUAUGAGCAGUGAGUUCCAAAGACCAUGGAGACCAGAGAUACAGUCUGUUACAUUUCAACACAAAGCUGAAAUUUAUACAAGAGAAUAGAGGUCUUUGGCAAUACCUUUUGCCGUAUUUACCAUUUAACCCCCCCCCCCAAAUAUACCACAGAAACAGUACCCAAAGCAACUAAAGAUAGAUGUUCAUUUUGUAUGUUUUUAAACAUGGAAAAGAUUGCCAAAAUAAAAAUACCUUCCAUUGUUUCUGGAAAGUACAGAUAGUGGGUGCCUCUUGUACCUUAACAGGGGUGCUGUUCCACCAAUACAGCCAUAAGUGAAUACAUUAAAAUGCAUUUGUAAAUUCUAAUGUAUCAGUUUCAGAUUGGAGUCACGAUUUGAUGUUCUUUUUCAGAAUAAAUUUGUGAAAUUUGUUGCAAACUAGAAACAGAGUGCCUGGGAGACUCCUGUUCAUUUUUAAUGCAGCCAUUUCAAUGUCCUAUUUUGAUGCCCAUUUCUUAUUUUGCAUAAAGGUUGGUCUGUGUGCCCAGAACAGAAUAACGAAGGACAUGCUUGUCAGGUGACUUAUUCCCAGGGCGAAUGAAAUAAUAAAAUGAGACAUCCAAAAUAUAGAAUAUGUUUGGAAAACAGCAAUCAUAAGCAGCAUAAAACAGAAAAGACGAUAAGAAAUAAUAAUAAUGGAGAUAAAGUAUUUUCUUAGCACCAAGAAAGGUAACCACGUGGGGACACAUGAGCCUCCCUGAGGAGAAAGUUUUGCAUGAAGGAUGACAUGACUGAAAUCAGUCCUAGUUGCCAAAAGGUGGAAAAAAUGGGAGGAAAGCAUUGACAGAUGAACCUGAAUGCAAAGGGAGGUUAAUAUGGAAGCAGGCACACACCCAUUGGAGAAUGAGACUUGAUGUUAGGGAAGGUACUAUAAGAAGCUGUAAGAGUGUUGCUACUACAGUGCAGUGGGUAUCAGCACGGAGCUGGCAUCUGGGUUUGUUGCAGUGGCUCUUCCCUGGGUUUAUGUGACUGUAAAGGAGACUGGGUAACCGUGAGUAAUGCAGCUCACUCUCUGGACUGUGAUCAGAGAAUAGCGAUGCACCCCCCCUUCACUCUGUAUUCAGAGAGUCCCAACCGCUGCUUCGGACACAGUUAGCUACCAUCAGUUUCCAUCUCGUAUCUAUCCCCUCAUUUCUAUCCAAUUCUAUUCAAGACAGAGCUGUUCCACCAGGCCUUUGGCCAGGGCACAGCCUGACUCCCUCCUUUGGCAAUCUUCGCGGAGCUCUGGCCCAAUGGUUGCCAUUGGUUUGAUUUGAAUUAAUUUUAUAAUGAAUGAUUUUAGAGUGUUGUGUUGUGUUGUACUGUUGUACUGUUUUAUUGUUGUUAGCCGCCCUGAGCCCGGCUUCGGCUGGGGAGGGCGGGAUAUAAAUAAAUUUUAUUAUUAUUAUUAUUAUUA